UUUCGAUAUUGCUCUCACCUUGAAAACCCGAACCAACUCAACAUUCUCACCUGAUGCUUACAUGUUUUGUCUUCACCCCUUCUUUAUUAUUUUCUCCAAUCCCUCCAAUCACUCUCUUUCUUUUUUUGCAAAAAAAUUGUAUAUCAGUAUCCAAGUGGGAAUUUGAGUGUUCAUUUUCCUCUCGUUUUCUCUUCAGCCACCAUUUUCUGCAGCUCCUCUCUGUUUCUACAAUCCCACAAGAAUAGCGCGGGGAUAGCAUAAACAAAUUGCAGAGAUGGUGGAGAUAACCAAUGUUUCUGAGUAUGAAGCCAUUGCUAAGGAGAAAUUGCCAAAGAUGAUUUAUGACUACUAUGCAUCUGGUGCAGAGGACCAGUGGACUCUCAAGGAGAAUGAAAGCGCAUUUUCGCGGAUUUUGUUUCGACCUCGUAUUCUUAUAGAUGUAAGCAAGAUAGACUUGAGAACAACUGUUUUGGGCUUCAACAUUUCGAUGCCGAUCAUGAUUGCUCCAACAGCCAUGCAGAAGAUGGCUCACCCUGAAGGUGAGUAUGCAACGGCAAGAGCAGCAUCCGCAGCUGACACAAUUAUGACACUGUCGUCUUGGGCUAGUUCCAGUGUUGAAGAGGUUGCGUCAACAGGACCUGGCGUUCGCUUUCUCCAACUCUAUGUGCACAAUGACAGAAAUGUUGUUGCACAGCUUGUAAAAAGAGCUGAGAGGGCCGGUUUCAAGGCAAUAGCUCUCACUGUGGACGCUCCGAGGCUUGGGCGCAGGGAGGCAGAUAUCAAGAACAGAUUUGUUUUGCCACCAAACUUAACAUUGAAGAACUUCGAGGAUUUGGAUCUCGGAAAGAUGGAUAAGACCAAUGAUUCUGGACUUGCAUCGUAUGUUGCUGGACAAAUUGACCGGUCUCUCAGCUGGAAGGAUAUACAAUGGCUUCAGACAAUCACCAAAUUACCAAUUCUUGUUAAGGGUGUAAUUACUGCGGAGGAUGCACGACUAGCUGUACAAUAUGGAGCUGCAGGAAUUAUCGUCUCCAACCACGGAGCUCGCCAACUCGAUUAUGUCCCUGCAACUAUUAUGGCACUGGAAGAGGUCGUUAGAGCGGCACAAGGCCAAAUUCCUGUGUUUUUGGAUGGUGGAGUAAGGCGAGGAACGGAUGUUUUUAAAGCUCUGGCCCUUGGUGCAUCGGGCGUAUUUAUUGGUAGACCGGUGGUGUUCUCGUUAGCAGCAGAUGGUGAGGCUGGUGUAAGGAAAGUUCUUCAAAUGCUUCGUGACGAGUUUGAGCUAACCAUGGCAUUGAGUGGUUGCCGUUCGCUGAAGGAGAUCACGCGGAACCACAUUAUAACUGAAUGGGAUCGUCCUCGCAUUGCACCGAGAUUAUAAGAUGAUCACAUUUAUUUUUUGUGCAAUGAUUGAACUGUCAAUUUUUUUUCUGUCUUGAACUAAAUAUAUUUGAGAACUCAACUUCUGUAUUGGGAAUAAAAUGGAGUCAAUAUUGGUUUAAGUUUU